AUGUCCACUACAAGUGAUCCUCCUUUUCCUCCUCCUUCCUCGGCGGAACAAAAACCAGAGAUACAGAAAGAAAAUACACCUACUCCUGGUGCUAAUUAUACCGGAGAUGGGAAAAUCAAACAAAGAAAAAGUGCUCCAAAAGCGCUCUGGGAGUGUAACAUAUGUUUAGAGACUGCGAAAGAACCCGUCAUCACGCAGUGCGGUCAUUUGUACUGCUGGCCGUGCAUUCACAAAUGGCUCAUUAUGCACCCUAUGCAUCAAAGCUGUCCCGUAUGCAACAAAGACAUCGUGGAGGAGUUACUUAUUCCUCUAUACGGAAACGAGUCAGACUCGCAGCCUUCUCGAAAAGGAAAUGGCAGCGGCGGCAGCGGUGGUGUUGGUGGUGAUGGUGUUGUUGGUGGUGGUGGUAGUAGAAAUGGUGGUGGAAAUGGUGAUAGUAGCGGUGAUGGUAAAGAAACGGACGUAUCAAAGAUUCCAUCUCGACCACAAGGAGUGCACUUACCUCCAAAUCCAAACGCUACGAAUAAUCUCGCUCAAGCGAAUCCAACUGAUGGCGGUGACUUGACCCGAGUCGCGGAAGCGUAUCCACAACAGAAUAACAGAAGGUUUGGGUCAACUGUCCCUGGCGUUGCGUUUCAGUUUGGCUUUAGACUAUUAGUUACGGGGGAAGCCCCCGGAUAUGCACAGCAGCAAGCUCUGCUCAGCUGGAUGCUUCUGCUUUUAGGAUCUUUCGUCGUGUUUUGCCUGUUGGUGUUUUGA